UGUACAAUUGUAAACUACCAGUUCACAUCAAAUAAAUCCAUCAAUCAUGGCUCCAGGUGGUAAAUCCGCAGGAAAAGCGAUGAAGAAAUCGUCCGGCAAGGCACAGAAGAACAUCGCCAAGUCCGACAAGAAACGCAAGCCCAAGAGGAAAGAAUCGUACGCUAUUUACAUCUACAAAGUGUUGAAACAAGUACACCCCGACACCGGCGUCUCCUCAAAGGCCAUGAGCAUCAUGAACAGCUUCGUCAACGAUCUGUUCGAACGCAUCGCCGCCGAAUCCAGCCGAUUGGCUCACUACAACAAGCGUUCUACCAUUACCAGCCGGGAAAUCCAAACUGCCGUCCGACUUCUGUUGCCCGGUGAAUUGGCCAAGCACGCCGUCAGUGAAGGAACUAAAGCCGUCACUAAAUACACUAGCUCUAAAUAAUUUUGACACAUUAGUUAGUUUUUAAAACAACCAUAAAAGGGCCCUUUUCAGGGCCAC